AUGAAGGAGGUCACUCGCAAGAUGAUGACCGACGUGGCAGUCUUUGCCAUAAGUCAGGUCGCGUUCUACUAUGCGUUCAAAUAUGUCAUGUCGUCUCUUGAUCCAAAUCGACAAAAGCGACAGAACUCGAAAAAGGUUGCCGACGCUAAGCUGGGCAAGCUUGGACUUCGCGGCAAGGAGUUGCAGCUCAACGAAUAUGAGGAGCAGAUCUCCGCCGAGCUCAUCCUACCAGAGGACAUUCCAGUCGACUUUGCAUCCAUCGGAGGCCUGGAUGGAAUCAUCUCUUCCUUGCAAGAAAGCGUCAUCGCUCCGCUGUGCUACCCAGAGCUCUUUGCCAACGCGAGCGGUCUGCUCGGGGCGCCCAAAGGUGUCUUGCUUUACGGACCUCCCGGAACGGGUAAGACAAUGCUGGCAAAGGCGCUAGCAAAGGAGAGCGGAGCCACCUUCAUCAAUAUGCACGUAUCGACCCUCACCAACAAGUGGUUCGGCGAAUCCAACAAGCUCGUAGCUGCUCUAUUCAGCUUGGCACGAAAGUUGCAACCCUCGAUCAUCUUUAUCGAUGAGAUUGAUAGUUUUCUGCGCGAGCGAGCUACCGGCGACCACGAGGUGACCGGUAUGAUGAAGGCCGAAUUCAUGACAUUGUGGGAUGGUCUGACGUCUUCAACAGACCGCAUCAUGGUGCUAGGUGCCACCAACCGACCCAAUGACAUAGACUCGGCCAUCCUUCGUCGAUUACCAAAACGAUACGCUGUCUCAUUGCCUAGUGCCGCGCAGAGAGAAAAGAUUCUCUCGCUGAUGCUGUCGGCAACGACACUCGAUCCCAGCUUCAAGAUGGCCGAGCUGGUCAAGCGCACUGAAGGGUACAGUGGAAGCGAUCUCAAGGAGCUUUGCAGAAAUGCAGCGAUGAGACCCGUGCGUGAGUUCCUUCGCAGCAAGCAGGGUCGUGAGUCGGUAGCCGAGCGUAGGCGCCUCGCAACUGCUGGUGCAGCAUUGAACGGAAAAGCAAACAUCGAUGGUACACCGAAUGGCACCCUCACUCCUUCUGAAGGCGAUCUCGUAGCAGCUGCUUCGCCUGCUGCCAAGAUCGAGUCAAGGCCGCUCCGCAACUCAGACUUUUUCGUGGUCGAUUCUGCGGCGACGCCAGUCAAUGGGUCAAGAGGAGCACCUAUGGCCGUGGACGAAGAGCCUCUGGAUUGA